AGCCAUUUUGGCUCAUGCCUGUCCCCCGCUUUCCGCAGCCCUUUCGCCGAUGUUCCGUGCCUCGGCGGCGGCGGCUCCGGAAGCUGGCACGACAUGAGGAUGGCUACGGGAGAGGCGGUCCUGCGCGGCGCGGCGGGCGCCCGUGUGGCGGCAGACCGCCUCGUGUCUCGGCUCAGCCGCGAGCUGGCCGAGGCAAAGCAGCGGUGCGCGGCCCUGGAAGCGGAGCUGGCGGCGCGUGCGGGCUCCGGAUCCACGGUGGCCGCCGAGGUGGAGCGCCGUGAGGCGAUUGCUCGACCGGCGUUGGUCGCACGACUUCAGGGCUGCAGCGUACCCCAUGGAGCUCGCCUACGCAGGAACGUGGCGCUACAUUCGCUGGAGUGCCCGCCCGCCUCGGCGCCGCUGGCGAGCUGGCGGCGGGCGCAGCGCGGGCAGCGGCUCGGCUCGACGGACGUCGUCACUCAGCCGUCCCUUCGAGCUGACGCCUCGCCUUUCUGCCCUGGUUUGGGCCGCUGGGAGACGGUCAAGAUGAUGGAUUCGCCGAGCUUGCUGAGCGCGGUGACGUGCAUCCUCACCGUCGUCUCGUUGAUAUUCCCCUCGACGUUCGUGCAUCUUGCGUCCCUGAUCCUGGUGUACGCCCUGGUCUUGUACGUGGUGCUGAGUGGUGGCAGGCCCGUCAAGCCAUUGCCAACACAUGGCUUGUCCAAGAUGCAGGCGAUGAUCGAGGAGCAGCUGCGCCUCGUCGUGAUUCCGAGCCCGCCGUGGAGAUCGUCGGCGAGCUGAGGGGUGAUCAGGCCGCAGCUGUUGCAGGAUGGGAGUUCAGCACUGCAAGGGCGCGGCUCCUCCGCGACGCCGACGCCCUGAGAUGUCCCACACCACGUUCUGCAGUCGCCACGGGGCCGCUCAUCGACUGGAGCGCCAUCGCGGCCCCCUCCGAGGCGGCCGUGGCCGCGCAGACAGCACCAGCGGAGGCGUCGGCCGAUUGCAACCAGA